GAAGCGCGUACAACAGUGGUAUAGUUCUCGUAGAUUCUAUAAAUUUAACAAAUCAGAAUUUUUUACACGAAUCAGUUGAUUGUUGUUCCCAAAGUUAUCAUCAAUAAUGGGAACUGAACCGUUAAUUGAUGAAAGCUCUGAUUACGACGAGAACAUCGGUAGACGCUACGUAUGGAAAAAUAGUCUUGAUUUUUGCAUAUGUAUAAUCAUGUUUUUUUUUUUACAUGCAGCACCGCUGUUGUGUGCGACAAUAAUAGUGACGAGAAUCCUAAAACCAUCUGAAGAAAUUUUCGUCCUCUGCGUGACAGGAACAUUUGUGUUUAUCAAUACCCAUUGCUCAAUGUUACAAGGAUCUUUUUAUUUCAUGGGAUUGAAAAAAGACGAUGUCCGUAAAUGGUCGUCACUUAAGUUGGACCGCCAUCGAGCCAUGUGUGAUUCCGUACUACUUGUUUGCUUUCUAACUUUGCACCUGUGCUUGUUCUCUACUCUGGGUACAUUACUACCACCUGCAGAUCCUCAUGAGGAUCGAAUUCAAAACGAAAUAGUUCCCAUCAUCAUGAGCAUAGUUAAUUUCAUAUGGUUGAUUUAUGUCGUUGUAAAAUUGACGAAUAAAUAUAUGGUAUUUUAUCGAAAUAAACAAAGAUCAAGUUCCAACAGUACAAUUAUAAAACAAAACAUUUUUGACGAUAAGUUAUAUUAUAUUUCCAUGUAA